AUGGAAGUGGCUGUCCUACGCAAUCAAACUUCAGUGGAAUAUUUUCAGCUUAGAGGUUUAUCUGUAAACCAGAAGGUGCAGAUGGCUGUAUUUUCCAUGUUCCUUGUGUUGUAUGUUCUGACUUUGAUUGGCAACAUCCUUAUUGUCAUCACAAUCAUCUAUGACCACCGGCUUCAUACCCCUAUGUAUUUCUUCCUCAGCAAUCUAUCCUUUAUUGAUGUCUGUCACUCCUCUGUCACUGUCCCCAAGAUGCUAAGAGACACCCUGUCAGAGGAGAAGCUCAUCUCCUUUGAUGCCUGUGUGACCCAGAUGUUCUUCUUACACCUCUUUGCCUGCACAGAGAUCCUCCUUCUCACUGUCAUGGCCUAUGAUCGGUAUGUGGCCAUUUGUAAACCCCUGCAGUACAUGAUGGUGAUGAACUGGAAGGUGUGUGUGCUACUGGCAGUGGCCCUUUGGACAGGGGGCACCAUUCAUUCCAUCUCUCUGACCUCACUCACCAUCAAGCUGCCCUACUGUGGUCCUGAUGAGAUUGACAACUUCUUCUGUGAUGUACCUCAGGUCAUCAAACUGGCCUGCACUGAUACUCACAUUAUUGAGAUUCUUAUUGUCUCCAACAGUGGGUUGAUCUCUGUGGUCUGUUUUGUGGUCCUUAUAGUGUCUUAUGCAGUCAUACUGGUAAAUCUGAGACAUCAGAUCUCCGAGGGCAAGUGGAAAGCCCUGUCUACCUGUGCGGCCCACCUCACUGUAGUCAUACUGUUCCUAGGACACUGUAUCUUCAUCUAUUCCCGCCCAUCCACCAGCCUCCCUGAGGAUAAGGUGGUAUCUGUGUUUUUCACUGCUGUCACCCCUCUGCUAAAUCCCAUCAUAUAUACCCUUAGGAAUGAAGACAUGAAGAGUGCCUUGAACAAGGUAAUAGGAAGGAAGGAAAGAAAAGAAGAAAAAUUAAGACAUCCAUGCCCUUAG